CUGAGCUUGUUGCUACUUUAAAAAACAUGCAUACCAAUAAUAGGUUUGGCAAGUUGGUUUUCUAUUUAGAGGCUUGUGAAUCAGGUUCAAUGUUUGAGAAAUUGUUACCUGAUAAUAUCAAUGUGUACGCUAUGACCUCGACAAAUUCCACUGAAUUAGGCUGGAAUUGCUGUAGGGAUACUGUUCGUGGUGCCUGGGUCAGUUCUUACUUUGGUUACUACUGGUACAAAAAUUGGCAAAGUUCAGAUUUCUUAACAGAGACUCUGCAGGAUCAAUUUGAGUACCUUCAUAAUACUACUAACCAGACAGGGGUAAUGGAGCGUGAUCAACACCCACAACACGCUCACCAAUGGGGUGACCUAUCUAUUACCAAGCUACCUGUUUCUCAAUUCCAAGUUAAUACCCGUGACCUACCCGUCCGUAUGUUGGAAAUGAAUAUUGAGGAGACUGAUGAUAUCAAUGAGAAAUUACGUUAUGAGCACGAAUUGAAACAAUUACUGAAUGGCCGUAAAUAUAUGGACAAACAUAUGGCUCAAUACGUGUCUACAUUGGGGGCCAAUUUGGACGAGAUAACGAGCCUCCCGGGGCUCUCGAAACCCAUUAAAUUCAAACAAUACUCGGGUUAUUUGAAUGCAUCCAAAGGUAGGCAUCAUUUCUAUUGGUUCGUCGAGAGCGAGACGGACCCCGCGAGCGCACCGGUAGUCCUAUGGCUGACGGGUGGGCCCGCCUGUAGCUCUCUGUUCGCUAUGAUGACAGAGAACGGGCCCUUCAGUGCCAAUGAGGACGGGGUGACACUCUCUAGUCGUGAACACGCGUGGAAUACAGUGGCGAAUAUGGUGUUCAUGGAGUCCCCGGUGUCGACCGGU